GCUCGAGCGUCCCGAGCGCCCCGCUGCCCGUCCCGUGCCCCUCUUGUCGCCCCCCCCCGGGACCUCAAGAAGCCAUGUCCCUCGGCGCCGCGGUCCGCGCCUCCGUGCGCCCGUGGAAGGGCGCGGUGAAGACCAGCAAGUUCGUCGCGGAGCCGCCGGUGCAGUUCAAGCCCCUGGCCAACGGCACCACGCUCGUGGUGGCCAAGCCAGCCGCGGUGGCCGCGCACGCGCACGACGACCACGCGCCGAAGAUCUUCGCAGGGAUCAUCAUGCACCACCCUCCGCCGAAGUCGGUCCCUUUGGUGGACGUCGGCGAGAUCAAGCUGGCCUUCAAGACGUGGGAGUCCUUCUAUAUCUUCCCGCCGGGGCUGAUCCCCAUGGUGGGCGAGAUGAUGAAGGCCGCGGUGACCAGCAAGCUGCCCGGCGGGGGGCACUAGGGC